AUGUUACUUGUUGACUUUAGUUUUGUUAUUCAAGAAAGUGUGACAGAAAUUGAGUGUGUGCAUAUUGAAGGAAGAGUUAGAAGAAAGUCACUGCGCAAGAAGGAGAAAGAGUUAGAAGAUAAAGUUGUAUUUUUAAGAAGCAAGAAUGUUAGUUGUAUAGAAACAAACUCUUUAUGGCCAACAGUUUCGGCUGUUGAACGUUCUUCCAUGACAAAAGAAAAAAUAACUUCUGCAACUUUCAAUGAUAAUCCACUAUUUUCUGUUACUUUCACAUUAAAUAAUGGGUCUUCUGAAACAGUACAUUUGGGUGCACCAAAUCUUGAUGAACUGAAUAAUAAAAUUCAUAUCACAAUCGAUGAUGAUGGUUACUAUGAGAACAAACAGCCUAAUACCACUAAAAGCACUCAACUAAAUGAAGUCCAAGGUGUUGAGAAAUCUCAAAACUAUGCUGAUCUGCAAUCUGACAAGUAUACAGAUUCAGAUGAAGAAAUUGAAGAACAAGUUUCUGAUGAGUUAACGUUAAGCUUGUGCCAAGAGUGUGCUGAUGAAGUUAUAAGAAAUGUUCCUUCUGAUUUAUCAGAAGAUUUAUUACCAAGCAUCAAUGAUAUAAUGGAAAUUGAUAUUGAAAUAAAUCUGAUUCAAUCUGAGAUUGAUUCAAGAAAUGUUGCAAAUGUUUUGAACAGUAGUCAAAUAAGAAAAGAUGAGUUACCAAACAUUGAAAAGUAUCAACUUUUUGUUAAUGAUAGUUAUUUAAAUAUAUAUUUACAUGAUAUUAUUAAGGGAAAUGAAAGAACUUCUAUAAUUAAUGAGAAGGCCAAAGAAAAACAAAAAGCUAAUGAAAGCAUAAUAAUAAAUGUUCCUUCUAAUUUGUCUUCAGUUUAUAUUAAUGACCCUAUUCCAGAAUUUUAUAUUGAUAAAGUCGAGAAACUAAGAACUUCAAAUGAUUCUAUUAAUAUUUUGGAAUCAGAUGAUUCGAAUUCUGAAGAAGAAAUUGAGAAACAAGGUGUUUUAGCCCGAAAGCACAAACAUAAGAUCAACCAAAAGUAUGAAAUAUCAAAAAAACCCAAGACAACAGAUUCUAAGGAUGAAGUUAUAACCUUUCAAAAUAUAAAUGAGAAUUCACAAUUGGCUAACAUUCUAGACAAAUUGAAUUUAGAUGAUUUCCUUACUACAAAUUUCAAAGACCUUUUCGAUAAAAAUGAUAUUGAAAUUAAUAUUUCAUUCCAAUCAUCACUCGAAUAUUUAACAAGCAUUGAAAAAUUAGAAGGAUACUUAAAAGAAUGGAUUUUUCAAUUUGAUCAAAUUACUUCUUUAAAAUAUAAAGUUGAUGAAAAGAGAUUAAAAAUGCUUUAUGAUCUCAAAAAAGCUUAUAUUUCUUUAAUUAUAAUGCUUAAUGCUAAGUAUGAACAAAACAUAAAUAAGCCUCCCUCUCAUUAUACAUUAUGUGGAUUUGUAUAUAAAAAAAUGCAAUCAAUUUUAAACAUAAAGGAAAGACAGAAGAGAAAGUACUGGCUUGGAACUUGGAGGUUAAUAGAAUUGUUUAAUUUAACAUGCUGUCCUACUAAUAUUAUGGUUGGAGCUGGAAUUACAGCAAAAUUUUUAAUGAAUAGCAUUGUUGAAAAUUAUGACCUUUUUCUCAAAAGUCUUUUAGAUGAUAAUGAUGCAAGUCAUCAGUCUCCUAAAUUUGACUCUUCUGUAAUUAAAUGA